CCACAGUUAACUGCUGUCACAAUACGGCAAGGUGAAACAGCUGAUGUCCAGGGAAAUGAACGCUUGAAACUGAAGUCACGAAAACUCCACAAUGUUUGCCUUCAUCCCGCCUCACACCUUGUGGCAAUCCGUCAACAGUAACUCCCCGAUGUGACUCUCCGAUACAAGUGGACAGAAGUAAGAGACAACAUAAGAGACAACAUAUAAAGCUUUUUAUCUAUAUGAUCCACGGCAUGCGAGGCUCAUUAGAAAGUUUUUUUCAUUAGUUUCUUUGCAUACAUCUUUAACGAUUAGAGUUUGUAAAAAUCCUUUAACUACUUAUCUCCAAAGGUGCACACCAUUAGUACACGGAGUCAUGUUUAGUAAUGCUGGAGAUUAGUUUAUUGAAGACAUUUAUUAAGUCAAUAUGCAUGCUAUAAACUACAUAUUAGGCUAUAAACGACAUAAUAGGCCAAGGGGGUCAAACUCAAUCGCUCGGUGGGCCAAAACUCAAAUCACAUUUAAGGUACUGGCCGAACAGGAUAUUCAAUAAGAUUCAAUUAGCGGAUAAUGAAUCUUUUUUACCAAAAAAUACAUAGAAAUGCAAAAAGAAAAAAAAGUUUUAAUAAUUAAAAAUCAUUGGCAUAUCCAUUCUCGUUCUUAUGCCAAUUUGUCAGAGCUGGAUGUUUGGAACAUUGUAAAGGCUACAAAAACAUGUAAGUUCAUUUAUGUUGGUAGUAACGAUCUGUGUCUUUGAUGUUCAUAUUCUCAUGAUGGAUUUAACGUGUCCCAUUACACUGCAGCUCCAUUAGCUUCACCUGCAAAUUUACAGGUGCAGAUUCCUGCAGUGGAAGUGUGGUUGGUGUGACGGGGAAUAGUGGUUUGUAGAAUAGAAGUGACGGGGCUAGAACAAAGGUUGUGUGGUUAAUUAAAUUAGUUGAAAUGGGUUACAAAAAACCUCGAAAUUACAUUUCUGUGCUUCAAAGUCACUCAAGCGUAGUGUGAACUCGGCGCGAAGGAAGCUAAAGUUUUUUAGCAAAGUGUGCAUUGGGAAAAACCAUAGCGUUUUCUUGGAUAUAAGUGUAAGCCGGUAAAGAACUCAAGGGUCUGAUAUAAUUGUACAGCGGGCCGGAUGUGGCCCCCGGGCCUUGAGUUUUACACAUGUGUAUUAGGCUAUAAACUGCAUAUUAGGCUAUAAACUAAAUAUUAGGCCAUAAACUACAUAUUAUUAUAUAAACUAAAUAUUAGGCUAUAAACUACAUAUUAGGCUAUAUACUACAAUAUUAGGCUAUAAAUUACAUAUUAGGUUAUAAAGUACAUAGUAUUCUAUAAACUAAAUAUCAGGCCAUAAACUACAUAUUAUUCUAUAAUCUAAAUAUUAGCCCAUAAACUACAUAUUAGGCUAUAAUCUAAAUAUCAGGCCAUAAACUACAUAUUAGGCUAUAAACUAAAUAUUAGGCCAUAAACUACAUAUUAGGUCAUAAACUACAUAUUAGGUCAUAAACUACAUAUUAGGCUUUAAAAUACACAUUAAGCUAUUAAAUACAUAUUAGGCUAUAAACUACAUAUAUUACGCUAUAAACUUCGUAUAUUACGCUAUAAAAACAUAUCAGGCGAAUACUAGAUAUAAUAGGCCAUAAACUACAUAUUGGGCUAUAAACUAUAGAUUACGCUAUAAAACAUAUCAGCCAUAAAUUAGAUAUCAGGCUAUAAACUACUUAUCAGGCUAUAAACUACAUGUAUCAGGCUAUAAACUACAUGUAUUAGGCUAUGAGCUAUAUAUUAUGCUUUACACUAGAUGUCAGGCUAUAAACUAGAUGUCAGGCUAUAAACUAGAUAUCAGGCUAUAAACUAGAUAUCAGGCUAUAAACUAGAUAUCAGGCUAUAAACUAGAUAUCAGGCUAUAAACUAGAUAUCAGGCUAUAAACUAGAUAUCAGGCUAUAAACUAGAUGUCAGGCUAUAAACUAGAUGUCAGGCUAUAAACUAGAUAUCAGGCUAUAAACUAGAUAUCAGGCUAUAAACUACACAUUAGAAUACACGUAUUAUUAUUAUUGAAAUGCCUAUUAAAAAAAAAUAAAAAAAAUUCAUAACCAGUAAAACUAUUUCGUUCCUUGAUCUAUUUCACAUUUAGAUUUUUUUGUCCAAGUUUAGCCAUCAAAUCACUUUCACUGUACUUCAAUAUUACGCUGGUUGUGUUUGUUUAUGUCUUUUUGUUUUUCUUCAAUAGCUAUCAAGGCAUCACCAAGACAACCAUGAAUUAUAAUAUCGCAGUCGAGGUGAUGAAAGCGGUUAAGAAACUUUAUUUACGUCACGAACUUGAAGAUUUUGUCAUUGAAAUCGAAAAUACUGAAAUCAAGUGUCAUCGCUUCAUUCUUGCGUCAUGUUCCGGAUUUUUCAGUGGACUUUUCCGGUCAGGUAUGAAGGAGGUGAAGAAUGGACGUGUGACUUUGCAUGAUAUAUCUUGUGAAACAUUCAAGCUAAUACUAGAGAUCCUGUACACUGGCAACGACAUGAUAACUGAAGAUAAUGCUAUUGCCAUCUGGCAUGCCUCAAAUCAGUUACAGAUUGACUUCAUGAUUGAGUUAUGUGAAAAGAUGGUAGUUAGGAUGUCCUCAUUGGACAAUUUUGAGGAAGUCUACAGAAACGCUAAGCUAAUUAAUUCAAAAGCUGUCCUAGGAGUCAUCAAAACAUUCAUAUUGGAACAUUUCGUACAGAUAAGAAAGAUGAACACAUUUUUUGAACUUUCAUAUGAUGAACUUUUGGCAUUGAUAAUUGAUCACAAGCUUGUGGUAGAAUCUGAAGAUCAAGUCUUGGAAUCGAUUAUGGAAUGGAUAGAAUACCCUGACAUUGAACAGUUAGAAGAUAAACACCAAACUGUUAAAAGGAAAUGUACUGAAGACAUUCGAGAAAGGAGACAGGUUGCUGCUAAGAUCGGUAUUGAAACAAAUUCAUUCGUCAACAACGAAUUAAAUGUCGUGUCUGGUGUCAACACUGAACAAUCUACCAGUGAUAUGGAUGCCAAAAGAUUAGAUGAUGUUAAUAAGAUUGUUCACCAAGGCGUUUGUCCCUCACCCCCUUUUCAAUCUCAAGACGUCGUCACAGAUGACAGUGACAUGGAGCUAUCCCCAGGACGAGGUCACGAUAACACAGUCAGCAAAUUAACUCAAGUGCUGGAUCUCACUAAGACAAAUUAUCCGCUUGAACGGGUGAAACAAACGAAGCGCAAAUUCGUUGGAGAACGACAGCCUAAGUUGGUGCCACUCUUAAACGCUGCGAGAAUUGGUCUCGCCAGCGCUUCAUUUCUAGAGAGUCUCUACAAUCAUCAUUUGGUUAAAGAGAAUUACAAAGCCAAAGAUAUCAUUUUUAAAGCAGUUCUUCAUCACUUUAAGAAAUACAAAAAUGGGACUUGGUCUAACGCUGGCUUGCACAGAGAUUGUAGUAAAUUUGGCAACUUUGGAGUAAUCUGUUC